AUGGAUUUGCGGCGCCGAACUGCGGAAGCAGCUUUGGAAAAAGCUGGGAGCCUGUGGGGUGAGGGGAGUGACAAUGAAGGGUGCUUUGGUGGUGGUGGUGGUGGUGGUGGUGGUUAUGGUAAUGGUUCAAACAAUCCUGCAUUGUGGGGAGAUCCCGAGGAGAAUGCAGAGGCAGCAGCUGCUGAGGCUCGGUAUCACAGGUUCGGGUCCCAAUCCGACAGGUUUGGUGCCGGGCCAUGGGGAGCUGAUGAUGCUUGGAAGGAUGACGUGGCAGCUCAGAUGAAGAAUAGGAUGAGGAGGGACGAGGAGAGCCACCGGGCGGCAGUUUUUGGAGCGAAGCAGGAGGAGAAAGAGGACAAGAGAAGACGGUGGGAGGAGGAGAGGAAGGUACGGGAGGAAGAAGCAAGGAAGGUUCUGGAAGCAGAACAGGCCAAGGAUAAGGCCUGGAGAGCAGCGAUCAAGGAGCAAGUACAGAAAAAGAAGGUGGUACAGAAGCAAGAGGAUUACGAUGAGAGAUGGAAGAGAUUUGCCAAGUCAUGCGACAUGGGUAUCACCAUGGCUGAUGUGCCGUUCCCUGUGGUGGGUGGGGGAGAGGAGGAGCUGAAGCAUGUGAUUCUGCAUGGCGUGCCAAAGGAGCAGCACCGGAAGAGGAUGAGGGAGGAGGUGGAGGACUUUUUAACAUCCAUCGGUCGAAUCAACGCCGCCCUGUCGCUGCUGCAGCUGGAGCUGCGGGCGGCAGCCGACCAGGCGGACGGCGGGCUUUGGUACGGAGUGGUCAACCGGGCGGCAGACAGCCAGGGCAAGCUGGGCACGACGUACAGCCACGAGGAGAUCCAGUACUUCAAAUGCCUGGUGGAGCACGUGCCCAACCCAACUCAAGACCCCCUCUCCCCAUCGUCCUCGCAACCUCCCCUCUCCCCGCCUGCCGCCCGCACACACACCCUCUCACUAACUGACAAAGAGCGACUGAUCGCUGACCUGGCGGACAACCAUUGGCUCAGCGUCUCGAGUGAUUCAAGAGAUGGCAGUAGUGGCGGCGGCAGCAGCAGCGGUGGCGGCGGUGGUAGCGGUAGUGGUGGUGGGAGGAGGGGGGUGCAAGGGAGUGUGGGUCUGGGCGUGAGAACGUAUUUGGAGCUACAGCAGUAUCUGAAGAGCAUAGAAGGGGUGGUGGUGUGCGACGUGUGCCAUGAUGCUGCUGUGAAGGUGAGUGUUUUGUCAUGGGGAUGGCAUUAG